GUAACACCGCAUGAAGCUAAACUUCGAAGGGAGAGUCUAGAAAAGCACCAGACAUUUCCGCGUUAUCAGGUUGUUGAGCCCUCUGUUUAUGGCAAGUUUUUGAAAAACUUGUACCCGGUAAGGAAUAGCUUAACCAUGCUCAACUCAAACCGCGAAGCCUUUCGUCAAGUGAAUCACGAUCUUCUCUUCAGGAGCUACAAUACUCUACCACGUCCUGGGGUGGCGCAUAUGAGGUAUGAAGAUUUUGAGCACUUCAUGCUUCAGAUGUUUUCUUUCCGAGCUUUCCUGAAACCAAAUAUGCUUUCAGGGACGAACAUUUUCUUAUUCGACGACGCCUUUCUAUUGAAGCAGUAUGCCGAUGCCAACAUGACGAGACAGGCACAUUUAAAGAACCUCUGGCAAAUCACAAGUGAUCUUGCUCUUUCAGAAAUACCAAUCACAGAAUAUGAACGCCAGAAUUUGGUCUACAAGACGUUCUUUCGUGAGAGACAAGACAUUAUGGAAACGAUACAGUCUAUUGCUAGGCAAGGAAACCCCCAAGAUUCAGUAGCAGCAAAAAAUAUAUUGAACAAGUGGCAAAGCCCACACUUCGAUUUCGAAACUUACAAAGAGGUUUAUCUGAAGUUUGGCGAUGCUACUGAUGCGGAAGCGUUGAAUGUGAUCUUACUCACUGCGUUAAGACACGGGAAUAUGGCUGCAUACUCCGAUAUCAUGUCUAAGAUCCGUGCAGACAGCUAUACUAGAGACACUUUUAAGAUUUUACUCGAGAAUCUAUCCUUGCUAGGACAAAGACACGAGUUCAAUAUUUGGAUUUCGCUCCUCGUAUCGCGACACAUUGAUUUGAUCGAUAUUCAGCUUUUGAACACCAUAAUAUUCUCCCUAGUUGAAUUGGGGGAGCCCCAAUUAGCAGAAAGUCUCUUUGAAGCACUCAUAGUCAAAAGUGAGGUGGCAUUAACUGAAGAUGGGCGAUUCUUAAAACUAGUCAAACUAGAUGACAAGUUGAAAUACUCCCUGUAUAUCUCCGGAUAUGAUCAACUUCCCUCAAAACCCCCUGUGAAUUACCACCCUACAGAGCAAACAUUUAUUCACAUUUUGAGAUAUUACUGUGAAUCUGGCGCUGACUUUAGUGCUUUAGCAAGACUUUUAAAUCAGGUUGAAUCCGUCCAGAUGCUUCCAAUCACGAGUCAAAUGUUCAAAUACGUUUUCCGUGCAUUCUCGUUGCACGAAUACACCAUUGAUAAUCUCCAGUAUAUGUUGUACAAGCUACUCGAAGCGCAUGAUCUCAAUUCUGGUGCGAGAGAUACUUGGGUCAGAGAACAAAUAAACAACUCGGCCUUGCCGCAGGAUCUAAGCCGGUUUCUUAACGAAGUCAUGGCUGAACCACCGGCCCCGGAAUUUACGGUCGGGGACAAUAAUUUCGUCAAGCUAUCAAACACUCUAGUGCGUCAAGUCUUUCUGGCUUUCCGUCAUACGCUUGGUCCAAACGCAGAGCUAAAGGACAGAGUUCAGACUAUUGAAAAGGACUUGGAAGACGCUUUGCAAGAGGCUUAUGGUCGGCACAAAAUGCGGAUUUUAAGAGACGAGCUCGAGCCUAUCGACUUGAAUGAACGUGAAGAGCUAGUCUACCUCAAGAAGACAAGCCUAUUUAAGCUCUUGGACGUGUCCUCA